GCCCAAACGAUGCCGCACCUCCCAAGCCUUUUUAGCAGGCGGGACUCUGUGGUCGACGCGCGACUCUUCGUCAUCCGCGGGGCCUCCCUGAUCGCCAGCAACGACGCCGACUGCUCGGCUGCCGCGGCCCCAGCGGGCCCCAACCCCCAGUGGGACGCCGCCGCCGCCGCCCCCGCCAAG